AACAACAAAAAAUUAGGUUUUAAGGCUUUUUAAGACUGUUUCGACUGUUUAAAUGAAUUCUAUUUGCAGUACAAUAAUGUACUCUAAUUAAUCAAGCGUGUCAUGAAGCAAAUUGCGCAAUUUCAAUAAAUUGUUUCUCUACAUUUUUUACCCAUUAUUUAUUGAAAGAAACGGGUGUUCCUGUUUUGUCUAUCUAUCUUUGCAAUACGGAUUAAUAAGGAAGUAUAAAAUUACAAUUGUGAUGCUUGUUAAUUAAUUUUUAAAAAAAACAUAACAUUUGAAGAAAUGAUAAAUUUGAAAUUUAAAACAUUUGUAGGGUUUUGUUAAAAUUGUACGGUUUUAAUAUUCAAAACAUAAUUUUUAAGGUUCUAUGUGAAAAAUUUACAAAAUUUAAUUAAAUUAAUGACAAAGAAAGCACAAAUAGGACAUAAGGCACAGUUUGCAAUCGGAGUACAAGUGAAAAAGUGAAACAUUAAAGUGAUAUAAGUGGAACUCAAUUUUAUUCGUGGAAAAUCAUUGAAAAUCAAAUUUUCAUCUGAAAAUGGCCACGAAAAAGAUGAAGGCAUUUUCUGAGUUUGAUGAUGAAUUAGACAUGGAUAGCGAUUCAGAUGUGGUCAGCGAAGGAAGUGAUUUUGACGAAGAUUUAGAUCCAGACAAAAUUGAAGUUCCAGGAGGUGGAAAGGAUCUCGAAACAGCGGCCACAUUUGCUUCAAAUAGCGAUAUAGCAACGACGACAUCAGGAAAUAUUGGAAUUAACUCACCCUUUUUAACACAACCCAUCAAAAUAGAAAUUCCAACUUUACCUGCAACAUCAAAGACUGUUCAACCAUUAAGAUUUCCGAAAGUAAAUACAGCAAAUAAUCGGAUUCCGCCAGGGGUAUCGUCUAAGCCUCUGGAACGAGCAGGAGGAAUCAACAAUUUUUCUCCCAUGAUCGGUAGCAAUGCUAGUCAGCUGAUGAAGAAUCUUCAGCAAUUGAUUGCCUCGAAUCCAGAAUAUUUAAAAAGUGGCAUUCCAACACAUUUAAUACAACAAAUGUGGAAAAAAGAACCGGCACCAAGUGUUAUGCAAACUCCAAAGGUGAUGAUAACACCAAUGAAUAAUAAUCGCAUUUUCGAUCUUAAUCAAGAAGAAGAGGAGGAAGCUGAUGACGAGGAAAUGGGAGUUGCAGAAACUUAUGCAGAUUAUUGGCCCGCAAAAUUGAAAUUAGGAAGGAAACAUCCAGAUCCAGUAGUCGAGACAGCAUCUUUAUCGUCAGUUGAGCCAUCAGAUAUUAGCUAUAAGCUUAGUUUACCACAAGAAACAAUAGAUCUUGGCAUGUUGAGUGCAUUGCAAUUAGAAGCGAUAACUUAUACUUGUCAAGCGCACGAACAUAUGCUUCAGGACGGUUCUCGUGCAGGAUUUUUAAUUGGUGACGGUGCUGGUGUGGGAAAAGGUCGAACAAUUGCUGGAAUAAUUCACGAGAAUUAUCUUAAAGGCAGAAAACGUGCGCUUUGGAUCUCUGUUAGUAAUGACUUAAAAUAUGAUGCUCAACGUGAUUUACGCGAUAUUGGUGCUACAAAAAUUCAAGUUUUUGCAUUAAAUAAAUUCAAAUAUGCAAAAAUCAACUCAGCUCCAAACGGAAAUGUCAAAAAGGGUGUCGUUUUCAGUACGUAUUCAGCAAUGAUUGGCGAAUCAAAUAAUCGUGAUGCAGGCAAAUAUAAAUCACGUCUUAAACAAUUACUUCAAUGGUGCGGUGAAGAUUUUGACGGCGUAAUUGUGUUUGAUGAAUGUCACAAAGCAAAGAAUUUGUGUCCAACUGGAAGUAGCAAACCUACAAAAACUGGUUUAACAGCAUUAGAGUUGCAGAAUAAAUUACCAAAAGCAAGAGUCGUUUAUGCAUCAGCUACAGGUGCCUCAGAACCUCGAAAUAUGGCUUAUAUGGUUCGAUUAGGAAUUUGGGGUGUUGGAACUCCAUUUCCGACAUUUAAUGACUUUAUUACGGCUGUUGAAAAGCGUGGUGUCGGAGCUAUGGAAUUAGUAGCUAUGGACAUGAAAUUGCGUGGAAUUUAUAUUGCUCGACAACUUAGUUUCCACGGAGUUACAUUCAAAAUUGAAGAAGUUCAAUUGAAUGAUGAGUUUAAAAAGAUGUACGAUGCUUCUGUUGAAAUGUGGGUUGAAGCUAUGCACAAAUUUACAGAAGCUGCAGAAUUAAUUUCAGCUGAAUCACGAAUGAAAAAGACAAUGUGGGGACAAUUCUGGUCGAGUCAUCAAAGAUUCUUUAAAUAUCUUUGUAUUGCAUCAAAAGUACAACAUGCAGUCACUGUCGCUCGAGAAGCCAUCAAGUACGGCAAAUGUGUUGUAAUAGGUUUACAAUCGACAGGAGAAGCUCGAACUUUAGAGCAAUUGGAACGAGAUGAGGGCGAAUUAAAUGAUUUUGUGAGCACUGCUAAAGGUGUAUUUCAAUCAUUAAUUGAAAAGCAUUUUCCGGCACCAGAUCGUAAUAGAAUCAAUCGACUUUUGGGACUUGAAGCACCAGGCAAGACAAUGUUAGAACGGAUUAUGGAAGAACAUGAUGACAAUUUGAAAUCAAAAAGUGGACAAAUCAAUAACAAACGAAAGACUUAUGAUAUGAAUAACUUACCACAAAAACGAAUGAAGACUUCACAGCUUUUGGAUAGUGACGAGGAUGCCGAUGACUUUGAGGAUACUGACAAGAGUCCAGAUUUUGUAGCAAAUAGUGAUAGUGACACAAGUGAAGAUGACGAAAGUGAUCAUUUAAAUAGCUCAGAAGAAAAUUCCGAUUAUAAUCCAUUCGGUAACUCGUCAGACUCUGAUUCUGAUCCAUGGGUUAGCAAGAAAAAAUUAAAGAAAAUGAAAAAAGAGAAAAUAAAGAAAAUAAAGGAGGAAAAUGGAAAUGGCCAAAGUAGCAGUAGAUCAUCACCAAAUGAUGCGAUUUCAGUUGCUUUAAAGCGCAAACCACAGACAGUCCAAGAGAAACUUCAGGAAUCUUUAGCUGCAAAGAAAAAGGAAACUUCAGGAAUUGGUGUUGUUAAGAUUGAAGUUCCUGGAAUGAAUAAUAUAGCACCAAUUCAUAUAAAACCAGCUGUUCCUCAAAAAGACAAUAUUGAGAGAGCAUGUGAAAUGAAGGAAAGUUUACUUAAGAGAAUCGAAAAAUUAAGUGAUAGUUUGCCACCAAAUACUUUAGAUCAAUUAAUUGAUGAAUUGGGCGGUCCUGAAAAUGUCGCUGAGAUGACUGGACGUAAAGGUCGUGUUGUUCAAAAUGAAGACGGAUCAAUUCAAUAUGAAUCACGUUCAGAACAAGACGUUCCAUUAGAAACUUUAAAUUUGACUGAAAAAUCGAGAUUUAUGGAUGGCGAAAAAGAUGUUGCAAUUAUUUCUGAAGCUGCAUCGUCAGGUAUUUCAUUACAAAGUGACCGAAGAGUUCGCAAUCAACGUCGUCGUGUUCACAUCACACUCGAGUUACCGUGGUCUGCAGAUCGUGCAAUUCAGCAAUUUGGACGUACACAUCGAUCAAAUCAAGUUAAUGCGCCUGAAUACAUGUUCUUAAUUUCCGAUUUGGCUGGAGAACGACGUUUUGCAUCGACAGUAGCUAAACGUUUAGAAAGUUUAGGAGCUCUCACACAUGGUGACAGACGUGCAACAGAAUCGCGUGAUUUGUCUCAGUUCAAUAUUGACAACAAAUAUGGUCGAAGCGCAUUAGAGGCUGUGAUGAAAACUAUAAUGGGCUAUGAACAACCAAUGGUUCCACCACCAAGCGAUUAUAAAGGCGAUUUUUUCACGGAUGUUGCUGGUGCUCUUGUUGGCGUUGGAUUAAUUGUCAAUAGUGAAACAAAUCCUGGCGUUUUGAGCUUAGAUAAAGACUACAAUAGCAUCAGUAAAUUUCUCAAUCGUAUUUUGGGAAUGCCAGUUGAAUUACAAAAUCGUUUAUUCAAAUACUUUACGGAUACAUUAGCUGCAAUAAUAUCUAAAGAAAAGAAAAUGGGACGCUUUGAUAUGGGAAUUCUCGAUCUUGGUGCUGGCGGUGAAAAUGUUAAAAUAAUCAAACACAUUCGAUUCUUACGUAAACAUUCGACUGGUAUUGCACCAAUUGAGCUUCAAACAGUACAUGUAGAACGUGGAAUGAUUUGGCAAGAAGCUAUCGACAAAUGGGCUGACUUAGAUGACGAAAAGGAAGGAUUCUAUUUGUCGCAUCAAUCACGAAAUGGAAGUUACACAGCAGUUCUCGCUAUUGCUGUCGAAAGUCGUCCGACUAACCAACUGUUGGGUUCAAGCAGUAAUAAAAAGGGAAAGAAUGACAAGAAAAAGGAACAAAUGUUUCAAAUUUAUCGACCAAAUACGGGUCUUCAAGUUCGUCUUGAAUCAUUGACUGAAUUGGAAAAGAAAUAUCGCAAAGUUGAGAGCGGUGAAGCUGAUAUGCAUUGGAUUAAGCAGUAUGAUGCAUCUGUUAAUAUAUGCUCACAUUCCUUUUGGAACGGAACUUGCAGACAAUCGACUUUAGGAUUCGAGUGUGAAGUUGGAUUGCGUCGGCGUACCUACUCAAUUUUGUCAGGGUCAGUCCUCUCAGUUUGGGGUCGUGUUGAGGGCGUCUUGUCACGUUAUGGAAGCUCAGGACAUAAUAAGAUGCAAGUAAUUCGUUUAAAGACACAAGAAGGCAAGAAAGUUGUUGGAACUGUUAUACCAAAGAAUUGCGUAGAAGUUAUUCGUAAAGAUUUGAGCUCAGAUGCUGAAAAAGUUGAGGAGAUUAAAUAAGCUCAUAACAAAGAAAAUAUUGAAAUGUAUCCCAUCAAACUUGUUUUAAAUGUUUCUUCUUAAGAUUCUUAAUUUAUAAAAUUGAUGGAUUCAUAAAUCUAAAGGAAAUUACAAAAAGAAUAAGUUAUAGUUACAAAAAAAGAAAGGAAAAUCAUAUUAUAAAAGAUGUAGCAUAAGUCAUUCAGAUUUGAUGACAUUAGAUCCUCAAAAAAUAAAUAAAAACUCAUCCAAAAAAAGUUUAAAAGAUUUACAAGAUUUUGAAAAAAUCCCAAAAAACAAACGCGCUUAAUUUAAAUUUACAAAUUUUCUCUUUUUUCUGUUAAUCUAGUUUAGUUUAUGUAAAACAUUUAGUGACACUAGUAAUAAAGCAAGGAAUUUUCAUUUAAGAGUA